GAAAGGACCUAAAGCCGCAAAUCAGGAUCAUACUUUUUUUCCGAGUCAUGAAUGAAAACUGGAAAAACAGCAGAUUUUGUCAACGUCUUUCAUACACUGGUUGUAUUUUGUUAUAGAGAGCAAAUUGAAAGAUGAAGGUUUCUAUUUGUUUAUUCAUCUGUCUGUUGUUCGUGUCCGUUGGAGUUAACAUGGCACAUGACGAAAUCUUCGAAGACUAUGGUCUUGCUCAUAAGCUGGUAAAAAGAGCUCCAUGUGAAGGAAGACGAUGCAAAACCGAACGCAACUGCUGUAAGGGUUGGGUUUGCAUUUCAAAGACAUGUCUAGCCCUUACCUAAUGAGUUUGCUUAUCCAUUACUUACAAAUCCUAUAAAUCUGAACUAAAAAUGUAUUAUCUGUUUAACUAAAGGACGUGUAAUAACUAAUAUCAGAUGAAAAGAAAUAAAAAUCUAUAUUUCUGU